UUUUGUUCUAAUAAACAAGGUAGCAAAAGAAUAUGACAAUUAUCUGAUGUGUUUUUUAGUAGAAUUUCUCAAUGUUCAGUUGAGGCAGAUUAUUUUCUAAAAAUGAAAAUAAACUUAAAGAGUCUGAGAAAUCUCGCCUCAGGGUUGAUGGUUGUAACCCUGUGUAUCACCGUCCAGGAGUCAGAAUCAGCGGCGUGUCAUGGCUGUGCAGUGGAAUCAAAGUGUGACUGCAGCGGAGUGAAAGGAGUCAAGGGUGAGAGGGGUUUCCCAGGACUACAGGGUCAGCUGGGCGUACCGGGGUUCCCCGGACCUGAGGGGCCCAUCGGAGGCAGGGGAGAGAAGGGUAGUGAUGGAUCUUCAGGGCCUGGAGGUCCAAAAGGGAUAAGAGGACCUCCCGGACUGCCUGGAUUCCCCGGAACACCAGGAAUUCCAGGUCUCCCGGGACAUGACGGCCCCCCAGGCCCCAAAGGAACUGCAGGCUGCAACGGGACUAAGGGUGAGCGAGGAUUCCCUGGAAGUCCAGGCUUCCCUGGACUGGAGGGCCGAUUGGGUCCACCUGGUUUUCCAGGACAAAAGGGAGACCCAGGUGAUGUCAUCACAGCUGACUGUUUUGGAAGGAAUGGAGGUGUAGGUCUGCCUGGCUUACCUGGAGUUCCUGGUGACCAAGGCCCCUCAGGAUUGUCAGGUCCUAUCGGCCCUCCCGGCCCCAGAGGUUAUGAGGGUUGUCACGGGCCUCCUGGUCUUCCUGGUCCUAAGGGAAACAUGGGGUUGAACUUCCAAGGUCCCAAAGGAGAAAAGGGUGCUUCAGGUCUGCAGGGGCCUCCCGGUCCACCAGGACAAGUCGGGGAGCAAACGAGACCCUCAGUGUCGAGUAUCCAGAAAGGAGAGACGGGUGAUCAAGGUUUACCUGGUCCACCUGGUGAUCCUGGUUAUCCUGGACCCCCUGGUUCAUCUAGUGGUUUGAAGGGAGAGAAAGGAGAAAAUGGAGAAGCAGGCAAAUGGGGAAAACCGGGGAAAGAUGGAGAGCCAGGUCCUGCUGGAUUCCCUGUGAGUUCUACGCACAGAACUAGGAGGAUUCUAUCCAUUCUAUUUAUAAGGUUCUACCCUCCACAGGUGACCAGUGGUCCACCAACAGUUGGGCCUACAGGAGAACCUGGGCGUCCUGGGGAGAUAGGAAGGAAAGGAGACAGAGGACAACCUGGUCUCUCGGGUCCUCCAGGUCAACCAGGAACCCCAGGUAUUGGAGUUGGGGGCCAGCCCGGUUCUCCAGGCUUCCCGGGAGAGAGCGGCCAGAAGGGAGACGAGGGCCAACCAGGCAUCUCCCUCCCCGGGCCCCCAGGACGAUCUGGCGCCCGUGGGCAGCAGGGACCUCCAGGACCUCCUGGGCCCCCAGGGGUCUCCAAUGGGGGUAUUAACUGUACGGGAGGGGCCCCCGGGUUACCAGGACAACAAGGGAAUACAGGGUUCCAAGGAGAGACCGGACAGAAAGGUGAGAAGGGAGACACCUGCGUGAACUGUUUCUCCAGCCGCAACUGUGUCCCUGGAGCACCAGGCCCUCCCGGACCUCCCGGGUUCCCAGGUCGACCAGGAGGACCAGGGGUUAAAGGUGACAUAGGAUUCCCAGGUGGCCCAGGGCCCUCAGGUUCUUCUGGUUUGCCCGGUCCCCAGGGUGCUCCUGGUUUCCCAGGAGAGAAGGGUGACCCAGGUAAUGCUACUGCUUUGAACGGGGUGAGGGGAGACCAGGGAGACACAGGGCUUCCAGGACCCGCUGGCCUGCCUGGCCUGAACGGAAGACCUGGGUUGGAUGGCGGUCCUGGAGCUCCUGGACUCAAAGGAAAAUCUGGAUCUCUAUUAGUGAAGGGUGAGCGAGGACCUCCAGGUGAGCCCGGUUUGCAGGGUCUCCCAGGUGACAGGGGUGGCACCGGAUCCCCAGGCUUCGGCCCCCAGGGCCCCCCCGGAGAGAAGGGUGUCCAGGGUGUGUCGGGGAGAACAGGAACACCUGGAGCACCAGGAGGUAAAGGGGAGCCGGGUCAGACGAUAGCAGAGAAGGGCCACCCAGGACCCCGAGGACAGGAUGGAGACCCCGGUCUACCUGGAAGCCCAGGUAACCCUGGCGGGCCAGGAUUGCCCGGUUUCCCCGGGUCACCAGGUCCCAAGGGUGACCCCGGCCCCUCCGGCAUCGGAUUGCCAGGACCCCCCGGAGCUAAAGGAUUCCCUGGCUCACCUGGUGUGCCAGGUGGUCCCGGAAGUCCAGGUAGACCAGGUGUGGACGGGUUCCCCGGACAGCCAGGUGCACCUGGAGCUAAGGGAGAGCCAGGAUUCGGGCUGCCAGGACCCCAGGGCCCACCAGGCUUCCUCGGAUGUAAAGGAUUACCUGGACCCAAAGGAGACUCUGGUUUCCCUGGCAACCCCGGCUUGCCAGGACGAUCCGGCUUUGACGGCUACCCUGGUGCCAAAGGUGACUCUGGAAUCCCUGGUAGACCCGGAGCUUGUGGCCCUCCAGGAUCACCCACCAUCGGCUCCCAGGGUGUCCCCGGCCCUGUCGGACCCCCAGGACUUCUGGGUGUUCCAGGAUACCCAGGCAACAAUGGAGAUAAGGGAGACCCCGGUCUUCCCGGCCCGGGCAUUCCAGGGUUGACAGGCGACAGAGGAAGUCCCGGUUUUCCCGGCAGCCCCGGGGGAGUUGGACCUCAGGGUAACCCCGGUGGCCCCGGCCGCGACGGACUACCUGGCCUGCCUGGUGGUAAAGGAGACAUGGGUGUGAUGGGAGCUCCUGGAUCUCUGGGAUCCCCUGGCAACCCCGGAGGGCCUGGCUUCCCUGGACCUAAAGGUGAUGAUGGUUUCCCAGGGCGACCAGGUGGACUCGGCUCUCCGGGUCUGAAGGGAGACAGGGGAGACUCCGGUCUCAUAGGACUCCCAGGUCCCAGCAUCCUUAACAUUUCAUUCAAGGGAGCCAAGGGAGAUGCAGGAGAACCAGGUUUGGGAGGUCAGCCGGGUCACAAGGGUAUUUCCGGUCUCCAUGGAGACGCUGGUAUACCAGGACAGGAUGGAAGACCUGGGUUACCUGGACCUCAAGGUCCCAAAGGAGACAUGGGCAUCCCCGGAGUAUCAGGCUCACGAGGAAGCCAAGGACCUAAAGGCAACAUGGGAGAGAUGGGCUUCCCAGGACCCACGGCAGCAAAAGGAACUCCAGGUCAGCCAGGUUGGUCGGGCGCACCCGGUAGUUCAGGAGCACCAGGAUUCCCCGGAGCUAAAGGAGACCCAGGUUCCCCCGGAUGUGGUGCCACAGGAGCUACAGGUCCCAAGGGUGAGCCCGGUCAGUCGGGAUUCCCCGGACAAAACGGAGUGAAAGGAACUCCUGGAACACCAGGUCUUCCAGGGUUUCCCGGCUGCCCCGGAGCCAAAGGCGACCCCGGCCUCCCAGGAUUCCAAGGUUGUUCCGGUAUUCCCGGGCCUAAGGGUCUGGAUGGUACCCCUGGUAACCCCGGUCCCGGCGGAGGCCCCGGCCGACCGGGAGAGAAUGGCCGAGCCGGAUCACCUGGGUUCCCAGGCGACAAGGGUCAGGCAGGUUGCAACGGAAUCCCUGGACCAGCGGGAGUCAAAGGAGACCAAGGCAACCCCGGUUCUCCUGGUCUCCCAGGGUUACCAGGUGCUAAGGGAGAUCUCGGCUCCCCUGGUCUUCAAGGUAACCCUGGGUUCUCUGGUCAGAAGGGAGAGGUGGGCUUCCCCGGCCUGCCUGGGUCCCCCGGGUGCAUCGGGCCCCCUGGUGCCCCAGGUGUGACCCUCCAGGGGCCCAAGGGUAGCAGCGGACCCCCCGGCCCCCCUGGAAGAGCAGGUAUCGGAGGGACCAAAGGUGAGAAGGGAAUCUCUGGAUCUUCCGGAUCCCCUGGUUUCCCCGGAGCGAAGGGAGAAAUGGGAUCGGCCGGAUGUCCAGGUAUUCCUGGCCCUCCUGGUGCCAGCGGGCUGAAGGGAGACAUCGGACUUCCCGGCAUUCCCGGAUUCCCAGGACCAAAGGGAGAUUCUGGAAACCCUGGAUCAUCAGGUCUCCCUGGAGAUCCUGGAGAUCCUGGUCCUAUUGGUGACCCAGGUGUUGCUCCGCCCCCCAUCAUGCUGAAGGGAGCCGGUGGCCCCCCCGGCCCUUCAGGUCUGCCAGGCAGCUCUGGCUCCCAAGGACCCCCCGGACUGGAGGGAUACUCAGGUCAGCCCGGUCAGCCAGGGGACCCCGGUCCUGAAGGACCCCCAGGAUUCAGUGGAGCCUUCGGCCGCAAGGGAGACUCUGGACCCACCGGACAGCCAGGUCAGCGUGGGUACCCAGGUCCCCCUGGUUCAGACGGUCAGCAGGGCCCCCCAGGUAACCCCGGCUCAGCCUCUGUGACCCACGGCUUCCUGAUCACUAGACACAGCCAGGCUGAAGAUGUCCCCAUCUGCCCCGAAGGGACCAGCCUCAUCUACGACGGAUUCUCUCUGCUCUACGUACAGGGCAACGAGAGGGCACACGGACAGGACCUGGGUACUGCUGGUAGUUGCCUGCGUCAGUUCAGCACCAUGCCAUUCAUGUUUUGUAACAUCAACAACAUGUGUAACUUUGCCUCCCGUAACGACUACUCCUAUUGGCUGUCUACACCCAAGCCUAUGACUAUGGCCCCCAUCACUGGAGAAGGCAUCAAACCUUACAUCAGCAGGUGUGCGGUGUGUGAGGCCCCUGCCAUGGUGAUCGCUGUACACAGUCAGACCAUUCAGAUCCCCACCUGCCCCAACUACUGGGAACCACUGUGGAUCGGAUACUCCUUCAUGAUGCACACCAGUGCAGGUGCUGAGGGCUCUGGUCAGGCUCUGGCCUCCCCUGGCUCCUGUCUAGAGGAGUUCCGGAGCUCUACCUUCAUCGAGUGUCACAGCCGAGGGACCUGCAACUACUAUGGCAACACAUACAGCUUCUGGCUGGCCACUGUCGACCAAUCAGAAAUGUUCAGGACGCCACAGUCAGAGAUGCUGAAGGCAGGUAACUUACGGACGCGCAUCAGCCGCUGUGUGGUCUGUAUGAAGAGGACGUAACAGCGCGGUGGCAACCGUUUCCGGGGACGACCGACAACAACCAUGACAAUGGCGGCGGCGGGCAGAGUGGGGAUGAUGUUGACGUCUCCAUGACAACAAGGUGGAAUUCCAAUGGUGCAUUGUCUUCCGGAAACAACAACUUAAAUGGUGCUACUGUGCAACACAGCAACAAAAGAAAAAACUUUGAUCAAAUGAAUCAAUUUAAUCUUUUAUUAUUUUUACUUACCUCAAGUACGGCAAAAAGAAACAAAAAUGGUGAAUGUGUGACAAAAGUGCAUUUUGUUUUAAUUUUUUCUCUAUUUUGCAGAGAAUAGAUUUUAAAAAAUGGUUUUAUUAUAAAUAAUGGUAACACUUCAUUUUAAGGGGUCCUUAUUACAGGGUAAUUAGAUGUGUAAUUACACUGUAACAAAUAUUGUAGGUAAUUGUAAUAACUCAUAGUUACACUGUCAUAACAACAUGUAAUUGGUGGUCAUUGCAGUCUAAUUACAGAGGUGUAACAACAAAUGCUUGUUACCGUGCUUGUUACAAAUGGGAAAGUUUCCACAAAAUUCACCAGUAAGUAAUAACUGUCACAAGGUUGUAAUAUCUUGUGGACAGAUGCGCUGGGUGUCCAAGAUUAACAAAGGUUGGAGGCUCAAUAGGCUCUAAUUAACUACCCGUGAAGGUGCACGCUUCAAAAUCUCCACUCAUUGUUGUUGAAUUGCAGUUGCCCCCCAAAAGUGUAUCAACUUGGUUGAGUUUCCAAAAACAGAUCAGAUAUAGGACAACCUCACUGACUGGGGUCUACCAUGAAGUACUUAUAAUGAAUGUGUAUGUUGCCCAUUAUGACAACCUGAACCUCCUUGCCAUCCAAGUGGGAGGAUAAACCCACAAGUACACCACAGAGUACAUAUAAGAUCUUCACAAGUACAAUGUAAUUACUAGAUGUUACACAGGAGUUAUCUAGUUAAAAUGAAGUGUAUCUUGAGGGGUACUUACUUGUAAUUAAUAUGUACUUAUACAGUCAUUACCCCUCCUGACAACCUGGCCCUCAUUGUAAAGCUUCUGGAAGCACCAUCCAAGUGAGAAAAUAAACACACUAGUACAAUGUAUAAGUACAAUGUAAUUAUUUCUGCUAGCUAAUCCAAAAUAACUCAACAUAUUGCAUUGAAAGUCUAUUCUGUAGAUCGUAACUAGAUAGCUAGCUAGCUAGCCUAGUUGGUAGGCCCAAGAAAAAACGGCAGCUAACUUUUGCUAGCUAGCUAGCUACAGUUAGCUAGCUAGCCAACACCAGGAUAGCUAACUAGCAAAGGCUACCUAACUACCUAUGUUAAAUCGUCCAGCAGAAUUCAUGUAUCCAAAAAAGCAAAACAAAUUGCAUGGAAAAUGUACUUUCUCUCUCCCGUGUUGACGUUUUUGACCUACAACACUGUCUGUUUUGCGGAAAACGUUAAUGUCUGGAUUUUGCACACUGACCUUCUCAACCCCCGUUCUUUGCGCACUGUCACAUGAUGUCAGCGUCAACACCUGUGGGCACGUUCGAGGUCACCGUUGUUUUGAGCGUGUUGCGCAGAUGGGCAGAUCUUGACUUUAAUUCCUGCAAUAAAUAAAUAAUUGCACCCAAUGCAUCCCAUCCAAAAGUGAGAAUUGUCCUCAACAGUAAAACCCUUGCGAAGUUACAUGAUAGAAUAACAGUUUUAAGUGCAUUUAUAAACCAUUAUUCAACCAUAGGCUUACAAUUUGUCAAGCACGAAUGACUAUCUGACAAUUUUAACCAUAACUGUUUAUUAAUAUGUCUAAAAAUGUUUAAUUGAUGGUUAAAGUAAUUGACCCAUUGUCAAAUGCACCGUUAAAUGAUUAAACAAUUUAAAGUUUUUUUUUUAUGUGAACCCAUUUUUGCCAUUGGGCCGGGUCAUCAGACUUUAUUGCAGAGUUGUGUCAAUGAGGUGGUCGGUUUUCAAUUGGCUAACACUUAUCACGUGUUUUUUGCAGCCUGAAAUAUGGUGCGUUGGGAUGCUAUCAGAAACAUUAACAAGCAUGGUAACAAGCAUUCGUUGUUACACCCCUGUAAUUAC